CAUCCAUCCACCACACUCCAUCGAAAGCAAGUAUGGGCAAGCAGCCGUUCAAGCAGUCCAAGGGCAAGCGCUCGGCGCCGUACGCCAAGUCGGCUAAGCCGCAGCGGCCGAAGGGGCCGUCCAAGCCGACCGUCGAUGUGCAGUACGACGGCGAGGUGUCCGCCGCGACGAAGCAGGUGCUGGAGAAGAAGGCCAAGGUCGUGUCUGCGCCGGCGGUGAAGACCAAGACCAAGGCCAAGGCCAAGGCUGAGCCCGAGAAGCCCAAGCCCAAGCCCAAGGGCAAGGGCAAGGCGAAGGCGCCCUCGCCCUCGCCCUCGCCGACGUCCGAGCCCGAUGCGCCGACGUUCAAGAUUAUCGCUGGAACAUAUGAGAAGCUCCUCUACGGCCUCGAGGGCAAGUACGUCGACGGCGCAAUCGCUCUCGAGCCUCUCUUCAUCUUCCCCGCGCACCUUGCGUGCGUCAAGGCCGUCGCGGCCAACCAGACGGGCAAGUGGCUCGCGACAGGCAGCGAAGACGAGUUCAUCAAGGUGUGGGACCUGCGGAGGCGGAAGGAGGUCGGCUCGCUGUCGCAGCACACUGGCUCGAUCACGUCGCUUACCUUCCCCUCGCCGAGCCACCUCAUGGCAACGUCGGCGGACGCGACCAUCUCCCUCUUCCGCACGUCGGACUGGGCCGUGCUCAAGACACUCAAGGGACACUCCGGGCGCGUUAACCAUGUCGACGUCCACCCUACUGGCAAGGUCGCGCUGUCCGUGGGCAAGGACAACACGCUCAAGAUGUGGGACCUUAUGCGCGGGCGUGGCGCCGCGUCGCUCGCGCUCGGGAGCGAGGCCGAGCUCGUCAAGUUCUCGCCGCGCGGAACACACUUCGCCGUCCUCUUCCCCCGCAAAAUCGAGAUUUACAGUUUGACGCUCAAGAAGCUCGCGACGCUCGAGAGCAAGGUCCGCUUCAACCACUUGUUGUUCACCGAGCUCCCGGGGCAGGACGCCGAGCUGCUCUGCGUCGGGACGGAGAAGGGCGUCGUGGAGGUGUACACCGUCGAGAUGCCCGAUAGCGACGAGAUGUCCGAGGAGAAUGAGGAUGAGGAUGAAGAUGAAGAUGAGGAGAAGGCGGAGCAUGGUCCUAAAGCCGAGGUGGACCGCAUCGCCACGCUCGUCGGACACACCAACCGCAUCAAGGCCGUCUCGGCGCUCGAAUUUGCUGCUCCCAGCGGUCCAACGGUGCUCAUCACCACGGCCAGCUCGGACGGCUUCAUCAACGUGUACGACCUCGGCGCGAUCCCGACGGCCGAGAGCGAGGAGCAAAAGCCCGUGGCGAGCUACGACACCAAGGGGUCGCGGCUGACGUGUGUCGAGAUCGCGGAGGGCGGCGCGCGGCGCAAGAGCAAGAAGGUGGUGAAGACGGCUAAGGCUGAGAAGAGCGGGGCUCGCUUUGACUUGGAGGAGAGUGAGGUGAGCGACGAGGACGACGAGGACGCGGACAUGUUCGAGGGCGCGUCGGACGAGGAGUUGGAGGGUGUUGAUGUCGAGUUUGAAGAUGAGGAGGAGGAGGAAGAGGAGGAGGAGGAGGAGGAAGAAGAGGAGGAGGAGGAGGGCGAGUAUGAAGACUAG